AUGGAGCUCCUUACUCUCUGUGUUUUGGAGGCAGUGACUACAAUCAUCACAGCCUACUUUCCUACCCUAGCAAGUCCUCUUAUCCCUGAUUUAAAACACGAGAAUGAGUGCUUUUUCACACAGGCAAGCCCAAUACCCAAGAAUGAGAUCAUGAUCUGGCUAGCCGGCGACGAGGGCCUUAAGGCUGACCUUUUCGUCAUUGGUAUGUAUUUUGCACGGGAGGGGUUGAGCUCUUAUAGCAGGACCGCAUUCUUUCUCUGUCUGAACGUCGAAACAUGCUGGAAUAUUUGGCGUACUCGGACUGUCCACCAUUACGCUUAUGCCGAACUGCCGCAAAGCAAAACUGAUUGCGUAUCUAGAGUGAAAGCGUGUGUGUGGAAGAUCCAGUGGCGAGUUGCCCAAAAUCUCGUCAUUUAUCCUCUAGACGGAUGCUGUUAUUAUUCUCUGGUCACACUCGAUAACUCAAGCGAGUCAUCAUUACUGGAUUUCUCGUGCGAGGCGGAAUGGGCAAUCUAUUAUGACAAGACGUUGACAUACUCGGGUCCACGGCAGACUUGGUGCUACAAUAAAGCGAUGCCAGAUUCACACCGCAUAUCGGCCUCCCUUUCUGUACUUCUGCUAUCCUCAGUUAUACAAUGUCCGGCAAAAACUACAAUGCUGUCCGAAAUGUCGUAUUAUGGGGCAAAACUUCAUAUAGGUAGUCUUCUUACAAAGUAUGGAACUUCAAGAACCUCUAAUAUACCCCGAACUACCAAAAAGGAAGACGAUUUACUCAGGUUUGGAUGUGAUUUGGCUCCCGCCAUUAUAUCUACAUCACACUUGGAUAAUGUUUCCCGACGGCUAAGAAGAAUGAAGGAAGUAAUAUACAAGGAACCUGGCAUGCCUCGGCUAGACAGAUAUAUGAGCCCGUUAUUUAACAAUAACCAAGGCAAGUAUCUUGUUGAGUUGAUUUUGCAAAAUAUUUGUGGUAUGGACAUCUGUCAAAUAUAA